CGUGCGCAUGCGCAGUGUCGGCCUGCGGGGUCUUUGCCACACACAGCAUGGCGGAGCAGCUGCCCGCCGCGCCGCCGUCAAGCGAGAGCGGCCGUAAAGAGAAGCUGGGCUGCGCGGCGGCGAGCGGCGGCGGGCGGGGCAUAAUAAAGCAGUGAAGAGAAACUGAAGGAAGCAUUACAUGCCUUACUGGUCAGAAAAGUGUUUCUGAAGUAUUUGGGCAAACUACAUAUAUAUGUAGUAAAAUCUGCAAAGGUUGAAGGUGUGGAGAGAAUGGGUUAUGACAUUGAGCGCUUCGUGGGCUAUGUUAAUGAAGGGCUGUUGUGCUCCAUCUGCCGAGAUGUGUUGGAAGAUCCACUGCAGGCUCCUUGCGAACACGCUUUCUGCACUGCCUGUAUCCAUGGGUGGCUUGUUCAUCACAGUAACUGCCCUGAAGACAGACAAGUGAUUGAUGUGUCUUUGCUACGACCUCUCUAUAGAUAUAUGAAAAAUGAUUUAAACCGUCUUCAGCUGCAUUGCAGAAACAGAGAGUAUGGCUGUGAAAUGGUUUGUUCUCUGGAGUCUAUAGACAGGCAUGAAAGGGAGUGUGAGUACAGUCAGAUACCCUGCUCCAAUGCUGAUGCUGUCUUGCCUUGCUCCCCCUGCUCAGGUUGCACCGUGCAGAUCGAGCGGCGUAACCUGGACGGGCACCUGGCGGUGUGCGAGUACCGGAGCCGCGAGUGCCCCAACGGCUGCGGCUUCACCAUCCUCAGCGCCGAGGACACGCAGCACAACUGUGUGGCAGAGCUGAGGACUGAGCUGGAGCUGCUUCGGUCAGAAAUGAUCUGCAGAGUGGAGGAGGCAAAACAUGAGAUGGAGUCAAGGUUAGAUUCACAGAGAAGGCAUAUGGUCCAAAAAGAGAGUAUUCUGCAAAAUGAAAUUGAAGAACUAAAGAGUCAGAUGUCACGAAUGAUGUCAGAUGUACGGUCUCUGAUGGCUGCAGAGAGGCAGCACCGCCAGGAAUUGGAGCAGGCAGAGCUGGAAAAACGGGAGUUAAUGGAGCUGCUGAAGGGGCUGCAGAAGGACUGUAGAUUGACUACUACAGAGGGAAGCAGGAAGUCAAAUUUCCGUCCUUUGACACGUCUAGAGAGUGUUAAAAGAAAACCUAGGGAAGUUACAGUUAUCUAAAUAGUACUAAACUCAAAAAGCAUUUUCUUCAAAUACUGGCUUCUGGCAAACUACUUUCUUUGAAUGAUUGGUAAACUUUAUAUAAUUUCUGAUUUACCUGGGGUUUUUUUAAGUCUAAAUUAGAACUGUAUUUCCUUUGGGGCCAUAAAAACAAACAGAAGAUUUUUUCCCUGAGGGAAUACUGGUCAUUAAAACUAGUAAUUGGAAGACAUAUUUUUAGCUAAUGUUUUUAUAGAAAGGGAAAGGAGACUUGAUUUGUUCUCUCUUUACUGCAUCACUUACAGGAAUCUUUCAAGACUGAAACUACAGCCUUUUAAAGUCAAAGAUACAGACUGUUAUGGACCAGGAAGGAAAAAACAUUUCAGUAUCUCUGUUUGAAACAAAAAAGCAAAUGUGACCAUUUGGGAUGUACUUAAUUUGAGGAAAAGUGAAUAGUAGAAUUAGUGAGUCAGUAAUAGAAAUUAAUAAGAUUUUGUUUGUUUGUAGUCAGUAGAAGGUCUUAUUUCAAAGGUGGAAAGCAAGCACUUUAAAUUGUAAUUCUUCUGCUAUGUAACAGCAUUGGGUGAGGUUGAUUGUUGCUUUAGAGCUUCUUCUCAUUUCUGAGGCUGAUAACACAUUUAAGAGACUAAUACUAAAGCCUGAGGUAGUAGAAUAACCUUUAAACAGAUGUGUGAAUAACUGAGUUUGUGGGAAUGGAUCUGCUUCUUACUUAAAAAUUUGAAGCUUUUAUAUGUGAAACUGUCAGGUAUUUCUACAGGAUCUUUUAAGCAUAAGACCAGUCAUUUGGUACUCAAUGUCUUUAAAGUAUAUAUAGCUAUCUAGAGUAUCCUUAAUUUUCUUGUGGCAGGUUUAAGGCUACUCGAUAUGCACAAGAGAUGAAUAUUUGCACACUUACUUGGGCUUCAGACAUCUGUGUUAGUGCUCAAGCAGUCUUCAGGGAGUGCCAGAGCCUGGCACUGUCAUCAGAGGGUAACAGAACACCUGGCUGUAAGUAGGUCAAUGAUCUGCUCUGCUUAGCAGUACAACUCAAAGUGGGGGUGGAAGGAUUAAGGGAUGUUAGAGCAUCUGAGGUAGAGAUUGACUGAUAGAGCAUUCUCUGCCUCCCCUGAGGCAAACGUACCAGUCAAAUGCACCUCAGAAAGGGGAGGAUCACUAGAGAUGAAGCUAGGUCUGUGAUGCAGGCAAAAGUACAACUACAUUGGCCUGGCUAAAGUACAACUACACCAACACACAGUGUGAGCAGUAAGCAGGAGGAGCUGGAAGCCAUUGUUCAGCAGGAAGGUUUUGAUGUUGUCACCCUCACAGAAGCAUGGUGGGAUGACCAUCAUCAUGGGAGUGCUGCAAUGGCUGGGUAUAAGCUCUUUAGCAGAGACAGGCAGAGCAGGAGAGGUGGUUGGGUAGCACUGUACAAUAGGGAGUGUUUUGGUUGUAUUGAAAUUGAUGAUGAAGAUGACAAGGUUGAGUGCCUCUGGAUGAAGAUCACAGGGAAGGUCAGCAGGGCAGACAUCAUGGUGGAAGUCCCUUAGAGACCAUGAGCCAGGAACAGGCUGAUGAGGCCUUCUGCAAGCAGCUGGCAGAGGUGUCACAGUCACCAGCCUUUGUGCACAUGGGUGACUUCAACUUGCCAGAUGUCUGCUGGAAAUACAGCAGAGCGGAAGCAGCCUAGGGAGUUCCUGGAAUGUGUGGAAGAUAGCUAACUAACAUAACUGGUGAAUGAGACUAACAGAGGAGGGGCCCUGUUGCUUGUGGGCUAAGAAAAACUGAUGAGUGAACAGAUGGUCAGUGGCCAUCUUGGGCAGAGUGACCGCAGACUGUUAGGGUUUUCUGUAUGGGGUGAGGUAAGGAGGGGCACCAGCAAAACUUCUGCGUUGGACUUUGGUGAUCAGACCUUGGCCUUUUUAGGACAUUGAUUGACCAAGUCCCUUGGAAGUUAGUUCUGAAGGUCAAAAGAGUCCAGGAAGGCUGGAUGUGCUUUAAAAAGGAAUUGUUAAAUAUUCAGGAGCAGACUGUCCCCAUGUGUGGAAAGACAAGUUGUAUGGGAAAAAGACCAGUGUGGUUAAACAGAGAACUUAAGCUGGAACUUAGGGGGGAAAAAAGAGAAUAUAUCAUCUCUGUAAAGAGGGUCAGGUAAUGGGAGGACUAUAAGGACUUCACAAAGUCAUGUAGGAAGAAGAUUAAAAGGGACAAAGCCCAGCUAGAACUUGCUUUGGCCGCUACUGUUAAAGACAAAAAAUGUUUGUAUAAGUACGUUGAAAGCAAAAGGAGGGUGAAGGAGUGUCUCCACCAUUAGUUGAAUCCAGGGGGUGGUGUAGUGACAGGGGUUGAGGAAAAGGCAGAGGUACUUAAUGCCUUCUUUGCCUCAUUCUUCAAUAUUGAGAUCAGUUGUCCUCAGGAUACCCAGCUCUCUGACAUGGAAGUUAUUGAUGGACACAUGAGUGAAACCCCCAUAGUCCAGGACAAGGUGGUUAGUGACCUGCUGUGCCAGUUAGACACACACAGGGCUAUGGGCCCUGAUGGGAUCCACCCCAGAGUAAUGAGGGAACUGGCAAAAGUACUCACUGGCACUGGUGAGGCAGCACCUUGAGUGCUGUGUCCAGUUCUGGGCCUUCAGUUUAGGAGGACAUUGAGAUGCUUGAGUGCAUCCAGAGAAGAGCAAUGAGGCUGGUGAGGGGCUUGGAACACAAGCCCUGUGAGGAACGACUGAGGGAGCUGGGGUUGUUUAGCAUGGAGAAAAGGAGACUCAGAGGUGACCUUAUCACUCUCU